AUGGAUACUAAGCUUCAUCCUGCCUCCACUGUCAAUAAUAUCAAAAGCCUUAUCCACGUAACCCUUGAGAUGGAUAGCGGCCUUUAUGCUUCCUGGAGCGAACUUUUUCGCCUCCACUGCCGUGCAUUCCAAGUUAUUCAGUAUCUGUCCCCGAAGCCCACCGCUGAAUCGUCUUCGUCAAAGGAACCUGACAAAGAGAAAGACAAAUCCACCCAACCAGUCGACGACUCGUGGGAUCGACUGGACGCUAUUGUCUUGCAGUGGAUUUAUGCGACCAUAUCAAGUGAUCUUCUACACACUAUUCUAAAACCCAAUGCUACCGCGCACGAAGCAUGGGUGGCUCUCGAAAAUAUCUUUCACGACAACAAAAGUUCCCGGGCUAUUCACCUUCGGCACAAGUUCUCCAACACACGUCUCAGCGGCUUUCCGAAUGUUUCUGCAUAUUGUCAAUAG